AAUGAAGAUAUGUGGACAGACGCAGCUCAGACGUAUUGAAUGCCAUGUUUGAGAAGUCCUCUAUUGACACGAUCCAUAAACUUGACACUUUCUUAAGGUGGUUCUUGAACGCAGCACCGUGCAGUCCAAUCAGAAUUCUGGGUUCCCGUGUCCCUUGCGCGUGAGGGUUGGAGCAAAGACGCGUGAACGAAGCGACUAGCGAAAAUUCCGCUCGUCUAGAGCUAAUACAACCAAUGUGCUUCUUUACAGAGGAAGGCGCUGACAUUUGGUCAUCAUGGAUCCCAAUAAAGGUCGAUCUGAAGGAAGUUAUGACCUAUGAGUUUGAAAACCAAAUUAAAGGUGAUCAAAUGAUGCCAAACCCUGGCGGGCAGAUGGACAAACCUGUCAGCUUCCAGAUUUUGGAAAGCAUGCUCCCUAAAGUGGUGAAGAGGCGAGUGCAUGCCUUGAAAAGGCUACAGGUGCAAUGUGCUAACAUUGAAGCUAAAUUCUAUGAGGAGGUCCAUGAACUCGAGAGAAAGUAUGCUGCCCUAUAUCAGCCACUUUUUGACAAGAGACGAGAAAUUGUCACAGGAGCAGUGGAACCCACAGAUGAGGAGUGUGAAUGGAACAGUGAUCGAGACGAAGAGGAGGAGCUUGCUGAGGAGGUCAAGGAAAAAGCUGCUAUUGAAGAUGCAAAAAAGGAGGAAGCUACACCAGAAGAAGACCCAAAGGGCAUACCCGAGUUCUGGCUCACCAUUUUCAAGAGCGUGGACAUGCUCAGCGAUAUGUUACAGGAGCACGAUGAGCCCAUCUUAAAGCACCUGAAAGAUAUCCAAGUCAAGUUUUCUGAGCCCGGACAGCCAAUGAGUUUCACAUUAGAGUUCCUCUUUGAGCCCAAUGGCUACUUCAACAAUGCAGUUCUCACUAAAGUCUACAAGAUGAAAUCAGAGCCUGACACCUCAGAUCCUUUUUCAUUUGAGGGUCCAGAGAUCAUCGACUGUGAAGGUUGUCAGAUAGAUUGGCACAAGGGGAAAGAUGUGACUGUGAAAACCAUUAAGAAGAAGCAGAAGCAUAAAGGCCGUGGCACUGUCCGUACUGUUACCAAACAGGUCCCCAACGACUCUUUCUUCAACUUCUUUAACCCUAUCAAAGCUCCUCCAGAUGGAGAAAUGGACGAAGACUCGGAGUACACCCUAGCCACAGACUUUGAGAUCGGUCAUUUCUUCCGUGAGAGAAUAGUUCCCAGAGCAGUGCUGUAUUUCACCGGAGAGGCUCUGGAAGAUGACGAGAGCUUUGAAGAGGAAGAGCUGGAAGAGGGAGAUGAAGAGGUUUGUGACUACAAACUUUUAAAGUCUGUGUUGGGUCUGAAAAGCAGCUGGCAGCCUUUCUCCCCACGUGGGAGUUGGGAACAAGAUGAAGAGGGUGAUGAAGAUGAUGAGGAGGGAGAUUUUGACCCCAAGAAAGAACAGCCUCAGCCUGCAGAAUGUAAGCAGCAGUAACGUGGUGACCACGGGAGGUGGAGACCUACUGUCCAUCAAACCGGUUCGCCAGCCUACAAGACCUCCUACUCUUGCAGGCUCCGCCCUUUUACAAACUCAUCUAAACGCAAUAGAACGCAAAUCAGACUGCGUUUUUAAUAUGUGCAUGACUUCUUUUUCUUCUGUCUUGCGCCCAUCUCACCCUUCCCCCCCCUUUAUUUUUUAUUUGGCUUCAUUUGAACUCAAAACAGGAAUUGAUUUGGAUCUUAAUUAAAUAACCAUGUUAUCUCAUAGGGACGGUCUUUUUUGGUGAGGUAGGUACUGCCAAACUCAGAAAAUAAUUAUUUAGACAAAUAUAGGAAAGACAUGGGUCCCAACUUUACCUUUCAUGGAAAUAAGUCAGUUACUCAGGGUUUUUUAAUGCCAACAAGCAAAAGGAGUUUACGAGGAAACUGCUGAACAAGUUUGACAUAAUCAUUCACUGGGGUUGCGUUUUUCUUUUGUUGUUGUUUUUUCUUUUUCUUUUUUUCCUUUUUUUAUGGGACAUACAAUGCAUCAUUUCGAAUUUAAUUUACUUUUUUUUUAAUGUUCAUUGUUAUGCCAUUGGACUAUUUAUUCUGGUGUCAUACAGCUGUAUGAAUCGUUGCAUUAAGGGGAAUUCUUUCAGGCCUGGCUGCAGUUAUAGGCUCAUUCCCAUUGGCUAAAAGUCCUCAUCGGGCUUCUCGCAUCAGUAAAACGCGAACACAGCCCAGUUUGAUGAAAAUGGAUCUAAAGGCUGAAGGUUGGUUGGUGUUCUGCAUUCGUACUGCUCCUUUCUGCCCAGAUUUCUGGGAUUUGAAAAACCUUUCAACAGAGCUCUUCAGUGAACACAACUCAAUAAUCAACACGAUGACACAGACACCUCCAAACCUGUCAUCCGUUACUCUCUCCUGUUUGCCCUGUCGCCCCUGAAAUGCUCCAGGAACUUGUUAUUGUGAAGGCAUUUUGACAAAUACACAAUUUCUCCCAUUUUCUUUCUGGCAUCCGUUGGAUUGUCCCAUCCUCGGGUAGAUACUCCCCUCAAAUACGACACAGUCGAGCAGACAGUGUCGGGAUUCUUUAGGUUCUGUGGUUGUUUAUCACUUCAGUGUAUGUAGUUCUUAACCAAUGUCAAAGAAAGUCAGAGAUAGGACAGGAGGCAGGGCGUUUGGAUCUGAUGUAAAUUCUAUUGCCAAAAAGCUCAAAUUAAAGGCACGCCGUCCUCUUUCAUAAAAUGAUUUGCCAAUUGUUAUUGACACAAUGUAAUCUAAUUCAGUAUUUAAAGUUGUUUAAGCUUAUAUAAAUUUCUGUUAUUGUCUAAUGCUUAAAUAGAAUGUCAGAGGGAAAACAAGUGGAACAGGGUGCCAUUGUAUUUUGUACGCUGCACGUGGAUUUUGGCCGUUUCUGUGGACUCCUUUGACUGAUGACCGGUCAUCGAUAGCAGUGAGGGCGAACCAUAGCCCACCCCUUCCCUCUCUUUUUAAAAAGAACGAUUGUACAUCCUGUUGGACAGAUUUUCAAAGCCACGGUUGACAUCCGCAAAUCUACCACAUUGAACCGUGCGCUAGCAAUGGCCUUAACUGGUUCUUAUUCACAAUUUGUUACUUGCGCAAUAUUUCUUUUCAAAUUUGUACAGAGUUAGUUAAGAUAUUCUAUUAAAGUUGUGCGACAUGGAAAUGUGCUUUUUGUCUUCUGUCUGUAAGGCUUAAUGGCAAGAACCAUGAAACUGAACGAAUAAAAGAAAAGUACUGAUCCGGAAAUAAUUGCUAAACUUCAAGUGAAUUUGAAUGAAGAACUUUAAAAAA